UCUUUGCACGACCCUUUGGAAGGUCAUACACAACAGAAAGGACUUGGGGAUCUAGACACUUCUGCACCACAACAACAUGUAACUCAUGAUUCGUUUAUUUAGAGGAUCAAAAAAUGACAAAUGUCAGCCAAACAAGGGUGCUGGCAUUUUGUACUCUGCUAUGCAUCUCCAACUACACAUUUGUGAUGGGCUCAAAGCAACUUCAAGCAAAAGUAAACAUGUUGCGCCAGAAUGAGACCAUCCAAAAUCCAAAAUGCUUUUUGAAUGGGGCUGUAAAAAUAUUCUGUUUUUGGGAGGAGAUGGAAGAGAACGAUGGGGCCAUUGAUCUCUAUAGUUUCAGAUACACAUAUCAAAAUGAGAACAUCACCACCUACUGUCCAGUAAAUGUCCUUUCCAGUGAAGGUGGAAAAACAAUCUACUCCUGUGAGGACAUCAGAGUCAUAUUUUAUGAUCCACUGGACAUAGAGGUGUGGCGCAACAAGCAGAUCAUCCACAAUCGCACUCUGGUCACUGACCGAAUAUUCCUGCUAGAUCCUCCAAGCAACCUGACCCUGAACAAGACGGCAAAGCCAGGACAGCUGAAGGUCACCUGGUUGCAACCAGACUUCAUUGAUGACUUCCUUCUCUAUGAAAUCAGCUAUGCUGUUACAGGGACCCACAUGGGGAAACGUGAGGAGGUGCGCAGUAAAACACACCUGUUCCUCCAGGGCCUCCAGCCAGGGGUCAGGUACUCAGUGCGGGCCCGCGUCAAGCCUCAGAACUCCUUCAGCUUCGAUGGCUGGUGGAGUGCCUGGACGGAUCCAGUGAUUAUGGAGAUGCCCAAUGAGACAGACCCCCUGGUAUUAUCGAUGAGCAUAGUCAUCUCCCUCAUCCUCCUCCUGCUGUCUUUGACCAUCCUCCUGACCUAUCGCCAGCUCCUGUUGAAGAAACUGUGGCCCGUCAUUCCUACUCCUGAGAGCAAAUUCUCCGAUCUCUUCUCUGUCUACAAAGGGGAUUUUCAGGAGUGGAUGAACCACGGUCAUGGCGGCACGAGGUGGAUUCCCGCCUACUAUUACACAGAGGAGCCGGUAGCUCCACUGGAAGUCCUCUCGGAGAUCAACAGGGGCCCCCCGCUACCGAACCGCAUGGCUGCCCCCAGACACAGGGACCCUGAGGCCGUGGGGCCUCUUGGGCCCCGGCAGCAGGGGCAGCAAGGAGUGCCAGAGAUGGACCACGGUUCUCUGCCAGUAUGGUCGGAGCUGCAGCACGAGGGGUGGAUGCUGGAUCGCAUGAGGACUCUGCAGCCUACUCCCCUCUCCCAGUCCUCCCUCCUGGAGUCCCAUGACGUUUACGUCGCCCUUAACCAGAGCCAGCAGAAACCAAAGGACAAAGAGGAGGCGGGAGGAGGAGGAGGAGCAGGAGGAGGCGGAGAGAGGAGGGACUUUGGCAGCGGGAAUGGGCAGGAGGACGUUCUGGAGGAGUCCGUGCCUCUGCAGACUCUAUUUCCUAGGAGUGGAACCCGGUCAUCAGUGUCACACUCGGACCUGGGUUCUGUGCAACAGAGCUCCGGUUCUGGCCAAUUGUCGUCACAAUCCAGCUUUGAGUAUCCAAACCAAACAUGGCCACCAAAUGCCCCCAGCUACACCUACAUGGCCGUGGCUGAUUCGGGCGUGUCCAUGGACUACUACAGCCCCAUGAGCUCCAGUCAGCUCACGGACACGGAGCGGAGAUCCAAACCCAGGGCCAUCUACACCAACGACUACAAGAACGAUCUGGCCAUCAUCCACAAGUACAAGCCCUGGCAGCUGUUAAGGCAGCCCACGGACUCCGCCUGCUGACCUC